UAAAAAUAGUACGUUCUCCAUGUUGAGUGAUAAGGUCUGUAAAUAGCAAACAGCAAGUGCUAUACAAAAUUUUAUUAUUUUUAAACAAUGCUUUCUCUGAUAUAUGCCAAUCAAAUCGACAUAAAUUGAAAGUGAUGUAAAUGAUGGACCCAGCUGGUCACCCAGAUCUGGUGACCACCCCAGAGAUGGCAAUGCCAGGAAACCUGGAGAUUUUGGCUCAGACUGCAGCCUCACAAUCAAAUGAGGACCCACCUACAUUUUCUGGGUAUCCAGUGCUCAAAAUAGCAGAGAAUACAAAUAUUCAGUUGCCACUUCUUUCCCAGCAUAUCAGGAUUGAAGGCCAACCUGGUGGUCCAAUGCUAAGUCAAGCUCAGCUCCAUAAGAUACUUAACUCAACAGAACAAGACAAACGUAUGUCCCCAGGUCCUCUUUCCAUUAUAACUACAACCAGUCUGAGUGAACCAGGACAGCCUAGCCCAGCUUCAAUAUCGCAGAGCUCUCAUAUUCUUUAUCGUACAACUGGUGCUGCAGGUGAUGCUAUGUUGAGUGCUAUCAAUUACAAUGACAGUGAAAUGAUCGAAACAAGUUUUGAUGUUGGAAGCAAUCUUGGAAAUUUAGAUGACGGUAUUUUAGCUGGGAUAAGCAAUUCUGGCCGACUAAAUGAAAACCCAUCCAAUGAUACUUUUCAAUUGUUUGAUAGUGAAGGAGACUCUUUAAAUAUGGAUGCUCUUUCACCACACAACUUACUAAUGGACCCUGGUAACCUCCAAUCUGUUGGUGGUGUCUCAGAUUCUGGAGAUUCAAAUAUGGCAGAAACAAGUCUUCGAGAUGAAGACAAGAAAAAAGUUAGCUCGAAAUAUCGUAAUAAGAAUGGUAAAAGUCAGAUGUCACCAGGUAAAGUCACUGGACCGCUAGAAUGUAACCAGUGUCACAAAGUUUUCAAUAAUACUAGUGCCUUGGCCAAGCACAAACUGACUCAUAGUGAUGAAAGGAAAUAUCUGUGUACAAUCUGUGAGAAAAAAUUCAAGAGACAAGAUCAUUUAAAUGGUCAUUUAAUGACACAUAGAGACAAGAAGCCAUACCAGUGCAUGGUUAUUGGAUGUGAGAAAAGUUACUGUGAUGCUCGCUCUCUCAAGCGUCAUCUAGAAAAUCACCAUCAACACACAAGUGAGCAGAUAUCCAAAGAGAUGGUUGCUGCAGCCAGUGCAGCUGCAGAGGUAUUAGCUGAUGCAUCUAAUGCUUUACCAAUUCAAGCCACACCAAAAGGAGGUACGACAAGUCUUACAAGUAGUUUGAAUGCAGGUAAAACAUCACCAGGAAACUCUGUUAGUCAAUCUAGUACCAAGAAUAACCCAGUGACGUCAUCUCCUGUAGCUUCAGACAAUAAAGUGUUAGCUCAACAACUUAUGUUAAUGCCAAAUUUGAACACUAAUGUUCCUGUUCUUGUAACAAUGGCAGUAAAUUUACCAGAAGUAGCUGGACAGAACUCUCUGGCUAGUACACAACAGAUGGCACUGGCUCAGUAUGAGGCUUUGUUAAAACAACAGGAGCAUGAUAGACAAAUCCAGUUUCUACAAGAGCAGCAGGCUAAACAUGAUGUGAUAAAGAUAGAUUCGCAGAAGGUUGAGGUGUCCAAGCAAAUGGAUCUAACAGACAUAGAUAUGCAAGUUAUAGCGACAGCAGCUCAACUUCAGGAAGAAAGACAAAAGCAACAGCAGCAUCAACAACAACAGCAGCAACAAGUUUUGUCCGAGCCUUCCUCUGUAUCCAGCCUACAUGCACAAGGUACACCAAAUGUACAGAGCCCUGUUAGUGGUGAACAAUCACCAGUAUAUAUGGAGAUGAGUCCUGUAAAUCAUCAGGCAACACCAACCAGCCCUAUCCGAUCACCAGCUCAGGCUUGGUAUGGGAAUUUUACUACUCAUGCAGGAGCACCUGCCCCAAAUACAACUGUGGCUGAUGUGAAAUCAGGCGAAGAGCAAGCAAAGCCAGUGGUAUGCACUAUAUGUCAACGUAGGUUUAAGAAUGUUCCUGCGCUCAAUGGUCAUAUGAGAUUACAUGGAGGGUACUUUAAAAAGGAUGCAGCUCUAAAGGAAGAAAAAAGAAAGAAAGCAGAGAUGGCACCACCAUCUGCUGUGCCCACAAAGACAGGAGUUCCUGUAGCCUCUCCUCCUUUAGGGGGUGGAAAAAAAUCUAAAGGAACACCACCCUUACAGUCUCCACCUUCUGAAGAGGUAGAAGAAAUAUUACAGCAACAGUUGAAAUUACAUGCAUUGCAUUGGCAACAGAAACAAGAGCAGCAAAGGCAACAACAACAGAUGCAACAUCAGCAGCAGCUGCAGCAACAGUCUCAGUCAGUACAGAAACAGUCACAAGCUGUCCAGGAACAUAUUAAUCAGAUUCAUCAGAAAAUGCAGCAGCAACAGCAAGAACAACAACAGCAACAAUUGCAGCAGUUGCAGCAACAUCAAAUUCAAACACAGAGACUGCAGCAGCAACAACCAAAACAACAGCAGCAACAUACACAAUUGGAUUUAAUUCAGCUGGCUCAAGCAAGUGUGGAUCAACAUCAAAUAGAAGUCAUAAGGCAGCAGUUACUUCAGCAGCAUCUGAACCAGCUCCAGCAGCAGCAACAACAGCAGGAUCAGGAGCAAUUGCUCUUUGACAAUCCACAUGACCCAUACCAGAGUUCCCCACAAGUGCCCCAGUCACCUCAUUUGCCCACCUCUCCUCCAUAUAAACAGAAUCACAGUGUACCCCAGUCACCGCAGGUUCCACAAUCACCUUUGAUGCAACAGUCGGGCUCAAUGGAUACCUUACAGAGCCCAGUUUCUGAAUAUGGUAAUCCACUAUUACAGGAGAAUAUGGGGAUUACACACCAGUUUGGUGAUCAGACAGUUCAGGGGUAUAGUGACAUGCAGGGUGAUGCAGAGUCAACCAUGCUUCAUAAUCUGCAGCAACAGAUGCAGCAUUCUCAAAAUAUCAACAUGAACAACUUAGCAAAUGUGAAUAUUGAAAAUGCACAUAAUACUAACCUGACUAGUAGUGCUAAUAAUAGUGUAAAUGAUAUUCAACAGAUAAACUAUAACCAAUCUGUCAACCCAAACCAUGACCAAAGUGCUUAUCAGACUCAGUUAUCAGGACCAUUUAUGGCCAGUGGGCAUCUUGGCAACCAAGAGGUGGUGCAAGGUUCAGUGUCUGGGAGCAAUCAUACAACAAGUGAAAUUGUUUCACAGAUAAUAACAAGUCUUGAAAACCUUGGAGAGGUUCUUCCAGGCUCCAUGCAACAAAUACACAACAAAUCAGACAAUGUCACACAAAUGCAUGGAUAUGCAGCUGAAAACAUUAGUUUAGAACAGUUUGAACGCCUCCAAAAUGUUGAUAAUGGAGUGUUAGUGAAAAAUACAUACAAUGAAUUUGCUCAUAAUAAUGUUGUGCAUAAUCCAGUAGCUUCAAGCUAUAAUACACCUUUUGUACUACAGCAUUCAUCAUCAAUGACUGAUACAAAGGCAAGUGUUAAACAAGAAUUGUUAAAACAUUUACAAUCAAAGCCAAGUUCUCCUAGGGCAGCUCAAACAUUGCAAUUUUCAUUCCAGAAUAAUUUGAAUAAUAAUAAUGGUAGUACACCACUUAGACAGAGACACCAUAGUGCUAAAAGUGAAUAUGGGAGUGCUUUACAAUCUAAUCCACACAGUAAUAGUGAAUUGAAACGCAGGUUAUCAGCUGGGCCAGAAGACAUAAGGCCUUCAAUUCACUUGCAAGGUGCAUCAGGUUCAGAAAGAACAUGUUUGAAAAGGCCUGCAAUAAGGUCAGCACCAGAUGACAAUACAAAACCAAGAAUGAGAAGUAAGUCUGGAGACGAUUACAGAAUACAAAGAUGGAGGGUCGAAGAAACAUUUAUGAAACCAAAGAUAAGGAGUGAAGACUUUUCUCAUCGACCUCGCAGUAAAACUGAUGAACAUUUAGCUAAGUGGAAAAAUAGGGAAGUGUUUUCAAGAUCUGAUGGAGCUGGGGUGUUUAGAAAUCCUACCUCAACUGCUCCUGGGUCAUUCAAAAUGAGAAGGAAAAAUCGUCCUGCACCAUUAAUUAUUCCACCACAUGCAAACCAUUGUGGCUUUCAAAGUCGUUUGAGGUCACCAAGGAUUUGGACUGAUGGAACAGAUCAUGCAAGUACAGCUCCAGUGCCAUAUACACCACCACCAAUGCUGAGUCCAUUAAGACGUGGCUCAGGUCUGUUUUGCUCCGUUAGUGGUAACAUAACUCCACAGCCGUUAUUGAUGAACUCUGCUGGUCUACCACCAACACCUAGACCAUCCCUUCUCAGAUCUUCUAGUGUAACUAAAUCUGAGAAAGCAGAAGAGUCGUCAGAUGAAACUAUAUCCUAUGUAGAAGAGUUACCUCCACCUGAAUCUGAUAUCUUACCACAUGUCAAUAUAGGGCCACAGUAUCAGGCAGUUCUUCCAGAAUUAAAUCCUCAUAAGAAAAUGGCACUGUAUGAUGUAUCCAAGGAAGAUCUUCUGUUUGAUCCUGCAUGUCUGGGUGAUAACUUAGAUGAUGAUGUGCAAUCUUAUCAAGAGCUGGCAAGCAGUGCUGCUGUUUGUGGGAAUGGUUUCAAUGUUGAGCAUGCUCUCCACCUUCUGUAUCUGGCAAAUGGCAAUAUUCAAAAAGCAAUGCUUAUGUUAAUGUCAGGGUCUAUAAAGCUACCAACAAGUCACAGUGUUAUUACCUACAAAUAUCAGGAAUCUGAUGUUUGGACAGCAGAAGAGAUUGAUAGAUACACAAGAGCAAUAUUAACUUAUGAUAAAGAUUUCUUCCGUGUGUCCAUUGAUGUAAAGACGAAAUCAGUACGACAAUGUGUUCAGUUUUACUAUCUCUGGAAGAAAGUGCUUGUUGAUGAUCACAAGCGACUGAGAGCAAUACGACGACGCAGAGAGCAAGACUAUAACCUACGUUCUACAAGGCAGCAACAGGGUAUAGAUACCCAGGACGUAGGCAAUGAUGAAAAUAAGCAAGUUGAAGAGGGCCAGACUGGUGAUGAUGGUGAUACAAGAGAAUUAACAGGAGAUGAAGACUCACUGUCUGAAGCCAGUACAUUUUGUGGAACCUUUGAUGACCAAAAUGUAAAAGAUCUUGAGACGGAAGAGAGUCUGGAAUUACCUGUGAGAAUUCCAAGUCCAGCUCGCACUGCUUCACCAUUAUCAUUUACUUGUGAUUACCAAGAUUGUAAUUCUAGUUUCUCAACAAAAGGGGCUCUUACAGCUCAUGUAAAGAUCCAUGUCAAAGUAACCAAACCACUGUCAGCACAGCUUUCAAGGUAUGAGAGAAAACCCUCACCAACACGUUCACCUGUGCAAACUGAGCAGCAGGAGGAAAUGUUUCCGUGUAAAUUAUGUGGCAGGGUAUUUGGCAAGGUUAAGAGUAGGAGUUGCUUCAUAUUGAAAUCCACCGACCCCAAAAAGAAAAAAAAAAAAUAA